AUGGACCGAACGUAUGCAGAAAUAGAGAACGCGUACUCACAAAUCACCACACUGUCACCAAUGACCGCAACUCCAAAAAAGCCAAAUCAUCAGAAUCAGAUGCGACAGAGUCAAUCACGGAAGACUCGACAUUUGAGAGAAGAGUUCGACAGCAGACUUCCUAUCGAAUAUCGCUAUCCGAAAAGAAACAGCGUGACGUCCUCAUCGACGACAAGAAAAGGAAGUCUGGUGAGCAAGAGUUCGUCAUCUGGAUACUCAUCGUCUGGUAGUAUAUCUUCUAUCACAACUGUUGUCAGUGGAGUGAAACCGUACCGUCCGAAAAAGGAAGAAGAUUUAUUCGAGAAAGAGGAAAAGGUUGAAGUCAUUGAACUGGAAAAUGAGCAAGUGGAGAACAAAGAAGAAGAUCCAGUAUUCGAACUGCCAAAGAAGGUUCGCGCAUGUUGUAUCGAAUGUCGAGAGAAGGAGAUCAGAGAAGAGCUUGAUCUGGAGUCCCAUCAGUAUGCUAAUAUUCAAUCAAUCAAAAAACCACAAGAUCCAUACGUAUUCCUUAUGACAACGAUGCUCUCCAAUUUACAAAAAGAUGACGGUGGUCGGAAAAUGGCAAAAGUUCAACAAAAGAUCGAGAAAGUACUGCGAUUCAAGCCACGCGAACCAUUCAAUGUCGACAACAAACUGAUUUUUGAUCGACAAAUUUGCGCUUUCUCAUCCGACGUUACAGUUCGCCUUCAAGCAAUUAAUGACAUGGCACCUGAAGCAUAUCGUGACAUCUCCGCCAGAUUCUGCGAAGCUCUUCAUCAUGGAACUCCAAACUCGAAAAGCCUGAAAAGCAUUGUGAAAGGCGUCAAAAAUUUGCUCAACUUUUAA